AUCAGUUGAGUGCCAGAGCUACACAGCUGACAGGCACCGCAGAGCGAGGCAGUCCAGAAGGCAGAAGCUGUUGGUUCAGUGGUGACAAGUACUUCCUCGAUUCAAAGCCAUCAAUAUGAUGCGUGUGUGCGCGGCGCUGAGUGUGGCCCUGCUGGCGGUCGUGCCGUCGCUCCUGGUGGCAGCGCCCGUGUCCGACUGUCCCCGAAACUCGGACCCCGACCAGCCCGUGUUCGUGGCCAGCGACCAGAGCUGCUCACAGUUCUACCUGUGCUCCAACGGACGGCCCAUCCUGCUCACCUGUCCCGACGGGCUCUACUUCAACGAAGACACGGACCAGUGCGACUACAGGUUCAACGUCAACUGCACGGAGCCGGCCACCACCACCACCGAGGUACCGACCACCAAGGGACCCGCAUCGACCACCGAGGGACCAGUACCGACCAACGUGACUACCGAGGGACCCCUGCCGACCACCGAGGCACCUCUGCCGACCAACGGGACCACUGAAGCUUCUACAUCAACCAUUUAUCCGUAAUCGGUGGUUAAAUUGAAGAUGCAAGAAUCCACACCGCUGUGCCCUUUCCCAGAGCUUUAAUUUAUAUAUAGGACUUAAAGCUGCGAUGCACGGGACAUGCAUCCCGUAUGUUGUUUUUGUAUGAGAUGUUUUGCUAUUAUUGCAUGUGUUUAUGUUCCUUCGAGAGAUCAGCGGAUGCACGAUGUAAUGUCUGCAAAGAAUAAACGUGUGGUUUGCUAUUAA